AUGAAGUACAUCAUGUUUCAAUCACAGCUUCUGGAACUCUUCAGAACUUGUCUGAUGUGCAGCGAAGGUGCCAUGGACGGAGAGAGACAUGACUAUUGUGGAUCCUCUGGGGAGCCUCAUCAACAUCCUGAUGCUGACGAGUCAGAGAAGAGUCUCUCCAGAUCAGAACACCAGAUGGACAACGCUAGCCCUUCCUCCCUCCCGAAGUCCCUGUGUCGUGGCUCUCCCGGUAGCACCUUACUGCUGGGUAUGAAGAGGUUGUCUGUGCUGCUGGUGGACUGCAGGAAAUCAACGGGGCUGAGUGGAACUGUGAGAGGAGGAGAAGAGAAGAAAGGAUCAGAUUUGACUCAUCAAAGAGAAAGACCAGACUCAGAGGAACCAGAGCCAGGAACGUCCAAACCAGCAAGACGACACCAGUGCUCCCACUGUAGAAAGGGUUGUAACCGGUUAUGGGACCUGAAACAACACGAGAAAAUACACACAAGGGAGAAGCCUUACCACUGUUCCCAGUGUGGAAAGUGUUUCAGACGGCCUUGGAAUCUGAAGCGACAUGAGAGAAUACACACAGGGGAGAAGACUUACCACUGCUCCCAGUGUGGAAAGUGUUUCAACAAGUUAGGGGAUGUGAAACGACAUGUGAGAAUACACACAGUAGAGAAGCCUUACCACUGCUCCCAGUGUGGAAAGAGUUUUAAGGAUUUAGGGUACCUGAAACAACAUGAGAGAAUACACACAGGGGAGAAGCCUUACCACUGCUCCCAGUGUGGAAAGAGUUUUAAGGAUUUAGGGUACCUGGAAAAACAUGAGAGAAUACACACAUGGGAGAAGCCUUACCACUGCUCCCAGUGUGGAAAGUGUUUCAACAGGUUAGGGGAUGCGAAACGACAUGAGAGAAUACACACAGUAGAGAAGCCUUACCACUGCUCCCAGUGUGGAAAGUGUUUCAGGCGGCCUUGUCAUCUGAAACGACAUGAGAGAAUACACACAGGGGAGAAGCCGUACCACUGCUCCCAGUGUGGAAACAGUUUCAAACGGCCUUGUCAUCUGAAACGGCACGAGAGAAUACACACAGUAGAGAAGCCUUACCACUGCUCCCAGUGUGGAAAGAGUUUCAAUCGGCCUUGUCAUCUGAAACAACAUGAGAGAAUACAUACAGGGGAGAAGCCUUACCACUACUACCAAUGUGGAAAGAGUUUUAACGAUUUAGCGUACCUGAAACAACAUGAGAGAAUACACACACGAUAGAAGCCAUACCACUGCUCCCAGUGUGGAAAGUGUUUCAACCAGUCGAGGGAGCUGAAACGGCAUGAAAGAAUACACACAGUAGAGAAGCCUUACCAUUGCUCUCAGUGUGGAAAGAGUUUUAACCAGAAAAGCAAUCUGAUCAAACACGAGAAAAUACACAGAGGGGAGAAGCCUUACCACUCCUCCCAGGGUGCAAAGCGUUUGCCCAUUUAGGAAGCCUGAAAGAACACAUGAGACUACACACAGAGGAGAAGGCUUAGAAAAGCCCAGACUGUGGGAAAACAUAUUACUCAUCACAGUCACUUAAACGUCAUGAGAGAAUCCACACAGAAGAGAAGAAUUACUUGUAUAUUGAUAUUUCACAUCACAUUGACUUAAAAUUCAUCAGAGAACAUACACAGUGCUCCCAUUGUCUUAUAUUGUUGACUGAUAAUGUGUUUACCUGUCUUUACCGUAUGAAAUGAAAUGGUACAGGGUAUACUCAAACAUAUAUGUUUGUUUUUAUUAGAAAACAUUAAUUUAAUAUGGAGUAUGUCAAUUUGAAUAUAAAGAAGAUCAGGUUGCUUGUGUUUAAAUGGACCUUUUUUAAACUCUGUGUGUGUGUGGUUAUCUGGGUGUGUCAUUCCUCCAGCACUACAGAUAAUACAGUGAUAUUUGGAUGUGAUGCAUUUGUUCCAUUGUAAAUACAUUUGCAUUGUUGGCCCACUGAUGAUUUAAUGAAAUUCAAAUAUUCAGACUGUAACAGAAAAUGUUAAUUGUAUGUGUGUCCACAUAACUGAUUAUGUGACUAACCUUGUGAAACUGUCCUAUUAUAAUCUCCUGUUCUUGGGACCAUCAUUAUGUGUUGCAAACCAGCUGCACCUGCGUCCUUGUAUGAAUAAAGUCCCUCCCAGGAACAGGAAACUAUAAAGAUAUGUGCUCAUCACCCAAUGCUUCAGGAAUUCAGACUGUCUACACUGCGGUGUGUAAUUCUGUUAUUCUCUCUGAGCUCAGAAAUAAAGAAUCUUGGUUUGA